AUGACAAUAGGGAACAUGGAGAACGUGGAAGUCUUCACUUCUGAAGGCAAAGGCCGGGGUCUGAAGGCCACCAAGGAGUUCUGGGCUUCGGACGUCAUCUUUGCCGAGCGGGCGUAUUCGGCAGUGGUUUUCGACAGCCUCGUUAACUUUGUGUGCCACACCUGCUUCAAGAGGCAGGAGAAGCUCCAUCACUGCGGACAGUGCAAGUUUGCCCGUUACUGUGACCGCACCUGCCAGAAGGAUGCAUGGGUAAACCACAAGAAGGAGUGUUUGGCCAUCAAGAGAUACGGGAAGGUGCCCAAUGAGAACAUCAGGCUGGCUGCGCGCAUCAUGUGGCGGGUGGAGAGAGAGGGCACCGGGCUCACAGAGGGCUGCCUGGUGUCCGUGGACGACCUGCAGAACCACGUGGAGAACUUUGGGGAAGAGGAGCAGAAGCAGCUGCGGGUGGACGUGGAUACGUUCUUGCAGUACUGGCUGCCCCAGAGCCAGCAGUUCAGCAUGCAGUACAUCUCGCACAUCUUCGGCGUGAUUAACUGCAAUGGUUUCACGCUCAGUGAUCAGAGGGGCCUGCAGGCAGUAGGCGUGGGCAUCUUCCCCAACCUGGGCCUGGUGAACCAUGACUGUUGGCCCAACUGCACCGUCAUCUUUAACAAUGGCAAUCAUGAGGCAGUGAAAUCCAUGUUUCACACCCAGAUGAGAAUUGAGCUCCGGGCCCUGGGCAAGAUCUCAGAAGGCGAAGAGCUGACCGUGUCCUAUAUCGACUUCCUUAACGUCAGCGAAGAACGCAAGAAGCAGCUAAAGAGGCAGUACUACUUCGACUGCACGUGUGAGCACUGCCAGAAAGGGCUGAAGGACGACCUCUUCCUGGGGGUGAAAGAGGACCCAAAGCCCUCUCAGGAUGUUGUCAAGGAGAUGAUACAGGUCUCCAAGGAUACACUAGAAAAAAUAGAUAAGGCUCGCUCUGAGGGCUUUUACCAUGAGGUUGUGAAGUUGUGCCGGGAGUGCCUGGAGAAGCAGGACGCGGUGUUUGCUGACACCAAUAUCUACAUGCUGAGGAUGCUGAGCAUUGUUUCUGAGGUCCUCUCCUACCUCCAGGCGUUUGAGGAGGCCUCCUACUACGCCAGGAGGAUGGUGGAUGGCUAUGUGAAGCUCUACCACCCCAACAAUGCCCAACUGGGCAUGGCUGUGAUGCGGGCGGGGCUGACCAACUGGCAUGCUGGUAACAUUGAGGUGGGGCAUGGUAUGAUCUGCAAAGCCUAUGCCAUUCUCCUCGUGACACACGGACCCACCCACCCAAUUACCAAGGACUUAGAGGGCAUGCGGAUGCAGACGGAGAUGGAGCUGCGCCUGUUCCACCAGAACGAGUUCAUGUACCGCAAGAUGCGCGAGGCUGCCCUAAACAACCAGCCCAUGCAGGUCAUGGCUGAGCCCAGCAGUGAGCCGACGCCAUCUCUGUUCCAUAAGAAGCAAUGA